GAAAAGAGCAUUAGCCUAUGGCUAUGGCUAUGGCUGCGCCUGUUUCGUCUUUGUCUUCGCAGUUCUACUGUCGCUCUGUGCUUCUUCCUCAUGUCUCCGACUUGUUCACUGCUCAAUCCCGCUCUCAUUUUCAUCAAAGAGGCUUCAACAAAAACAGGAACCUCAAUGUUUUCUGCUGCCAGAACAACGCAAUAGCUCAAAAUCCAUGUCUAAGCACUGAAGAUCAUUCUCAAACUAGAAGGAGAGAGAUCUUGUUCCACACGGUCUUCACUGCCAUUUCUCUCCAUGCCAAUUUUUCAGUUGCAUCACCUGAGAACGAUUUGCAGGAGGAUUUCCGCAUGUACUCUGAUGAUGUAAACAAGUUCAAGAUAAUGAUUCCUCGAGAUUGGCAAGUAGGGGCAGGAGACGGCAAUGGAAUUAAGUCAGUAACUGCGUUUUACCCUGAAGAAACAUCAAAUUCAAAUGUCAGCAUAAUAAUCACGGGGCUUGGUGCCGAUUUUACCAGACUGGAAUCUUUUGGCAAAGUUGAUUCUUUUGCGGAGACUCUGGUUAGUGGAUUGGACAGAAGCUGGAGGAGGCCCCCAGGUGUGGCAGCAAAACUCAUAGACUCUAAAGCAACUAAUGGGUUGUAUUACGUUGAGUACACGCUGCAGAAUCCUGGUGAAAGCCGAAGGUUCUUAUUUUCAGUGCUUGGGAUAGCAAACAACGGUUGGUACAACAGAUUAUAUACAGUGACCGGACAGUUUGUUGAAGAGGAGGCAGAGAAAUAUGGUUCGAAAAUUGAGAAGGUAGUUGCUUCCUUCAGAUUGUUGUGAUAAUACCGUUACAAGAAGUGGCAUAUAAUGAAUAGGCAAUUCCAAAAUCCAGUCAAGUGAGGAAAAUGAUGCAGAUGAAAAAUUGUAAACCAUGUUGUUGGAUUUUACCAGCUCUGGAAGAGGCAGACGCUGAACUAGAUAUUGAUGGAGUGAUCAUUUAUGUUACCAUUGUCUUUUAGAACUACUACUUUUUUUCUCAAAUUUUCCUUGGAAAUGCAUUACAUGAUAUUGAACUAACAACCUCUCGUUUCUUUUAUUCUC